AUGGUUGCUGUCAAAGUUUUUCGCCUAGAGACAUGGGGGGCACAAAAGAGCUUAAUUGCAGAAUGUAAUGCUCUACGAAAGGUGCGGCACCGAAAUCUAGUUCCUAUACUCACUGCAUGCUCUAGUAUUGAUUCCAAUGGAAAUGAUUUCAAAGCCUUAGUCUAUGAGUUCAUGACACAAGAGUGUGCUGCAGGCAGAGCUGUUUCGAGUGCUGGGGAUGUUUACAGCUUCGGGAUUGUUCUACUUGAAAUAUUUUUGCGAAGGAGGCCAACGGAUGAUAUGUUCAAUGGUGAGAUGAACAUUACAAAAUUUGUUGAGAUGAACUUUCCUGACAGGAUACCACAAAUAAUAGAUCCUGAACUACUAGUAGAGCAACAACAUUUAUGUCCACAAACUCGAGUGGCCAUGAAGGAGAAAAGCUUGGAGUGUUUGCUUUCAGUCCUAAACAUUGGGCUUCUCAGCACCAAGCCGUCUCCUUAA